AUGGUGGGCAAUGAUGGAGGUUCGGUAAUGUUCUUCAAUCCAAUCACUCAUGAUCGAGCAGAUCGAGUAAAAAUGGCGGAGAAAGCUAGCAAAGCGAUGAGCUUACUGAAGUUAGCGGAAGAACGAGCUACGUUGAAGAAACAACUCGAGGAAGGAAAACAAAAGCAACGGCUAGAUUCUGUACCUUAUCUUCCAAAAGAUUGCGUAUCCAAUAUCCUUAUCCGAUUACCUCUCGAAUCACUUCAACGAUCCAGAUUCGUUUGCAAGCCAUGGUAUAGCAUCAUCAACAGCCGUACAUUCGUUCACGACAAUCUUCAACAAGCCGAGAAGGUCUUGAUAUUCUUGAGCCCCUUCAAUCUUGUUUCUCGCUGGUCUGAUAAAGAUUCAGUUUUCCGAGAAAACACUAAUACGUUUUCUGUUGAAGCCAAGAUCUUCGAUCUGAAAUCAGUUCAUGUGCUUCAUCGACCUCUAAUCGCCUCAUCAUCAAAGUAUGCUAUCAGAUACAUGAUGUUAGCCGAUGGGAAGACAACAAUAGGUGAGUUUAACGCCACUUGUUUGGGCAAAAUUAGAGCAACCUGCGAUGGUUUAAUCGUGAUCGAUAACAUAUUAAAGAAAGGUGAAUUGGUGAUCAUGAAUCCGGUCACUCGUGAACUGGAUUUGCUUCCUUUAGGCACGAUAUACCCUUCACAUGAAGAAUCAUUCGCGCUUGUGAAUUGUACACAAGGGUACAAACUAAUUCACUUGUUUCGUGAUGAAUCACAGUUCAUUGGGUGUGAAGUUCUAAGAAUUGGUGAAAGAUCAUGGAGGGUAAUCGAUGGGCCAUCUUUUGGGCUCUUGAAAUGGUUUGGAUACGAACCGGUUUUUGCAAUUGGUGCAUUACAUUGGGUUCCUGAAAUUGAUCAUAGUGAAUACAUAGUCUCGAUGACUAUAGAUGAUGAGAAGUUUUACAAGAUCGAGCUUCCAAAAGUUAGUAGAUUCAAUGAUAGAAUAAUGGAAGUGUCUGGAUGUCUUUGUUUCGUGGCACAUGAAGAAAUGAAUGAAAUAAGCAUUUGGAUAUUGGAGAGUUUAUUGGGAGAAUGGAAAAAUAUAUAUACGAUUGGAGUUGGGUGUAUACGAGAUUUGAUCCCUCUUUAUUUUCCAAAAUUUAAAUGGGAGAUAUAUUUCAUGGAUAAAGAUGGUUCGGUUUUCGCUUUUGAUUUUGAAAAGGAACAAAUGCGAAAAGUUGUGGUCAAGAAGGAGAUUUUUCCAAUUCAUCAAUCUGCUUAUACGAUUCAUGUCAAUAGCCUCGUUUCGUGGUCAAUCACAGAGAAUGGUCAUGAUAAUAUUGACCCAUAGAGCACUAAGUACUUAAAAAGGGUAAAUUUAUAUCUACAGUCUCACACGGUAUAUUUUGGGCCUUAGGGUAAACAUUAUAGGUUUUUGAAUAUAAGACCUUUUUAGAAUUCCACUUUUAGGUUUCAUGGGUGGUCUAGAUCAAUAAGUGUGUCAUAUCGCUUUAUGUUGUUCCUUAUAGAUUUUCACA